AUGGCUGAAGCUGCUCCCCAAGGACAACGAGGUGGAUUCGGUAGAGGACGAGGUGGUGCUGGUGGAAGAGGACGAAGAGGUCCUCGACGAGGUGGAAAGAAGGAAGAGGAUAAAGAAUGGGUCCCCGUCACCAAACUCGGUCGACUCGUCAAGGACGGUAAGAUCAAGUCCCUCGAGGAGAUCUACCUCUUCUCCCUUCCCAUCAAGGAGUACCAAAUCGUAGACUUGUUCCUCCCCGCCCUUAAGGAUGAGGUCAUGUCCAUCAAACCCGUCCAAAAACAAACCUCUGCCGGUCAACGAACUCGAUUCAAGGCUUUCGUCGCUGUUGGUGACUUUGACGGACACGUUGGUCUCGGUGUCAAAUGUGCCAAGGAAGUAGCUACCGCUAUCCGAGGUGCCAUUAUCUCCGCUAAACUUUCCAUCACCCCCGUCCGAAGAGGAUACUGGGGUUCUCACAUUGCUGAACCUCACACUGUCCCUUGCAAGGUCUCUGGAAAGUCUGGUUCCGUCAUGUGUCGAUUGAUCCCUGCUCCUCGAGGAACUGGUAUCGUCGCUGCUCCCGCUUCCAAGCGAAUGCUUCAAAUGGCCGGUAUCCAAGAUUGUUACACCCAAUCUAAGGGAUCUACCGCUACCCAAGGAAAUUUCUUAAAGGCAACCAUGGCUGCUCUUUCCAAGACUUACCAAUUCCAAUCUCCCGAUCUCUGGACCAUCGUCCCUGUUGGUCAAUCUCCUCUUGACGAGUACUCUGGUCACCUUGCUCUUGCUGCCAAGAAAGCCGCUGCUUACUAA